GGCGCACUACGCGGACGGUCGCUUGACGGAAGGUAAGCCUGGACAAUCGACAGAGCCGAAGCCGUGUGCAGGGAACGACGGGACGACGAUCAUUAUCGAAGACUUGUUCUACAACACACCGACGCGACUCGCAGCAUUGAGAAGCACUUCUGAAGAGUACUCGAGGUUGUUAGACGUAAUGACGAAGUAUGCGGUCCAUAAUCCAGCCGUUUCUUUCCUGUGCAAGAAGGCUGGGUCACCAUCCCCGGAUCUGUCUACGCCGACGUCUUCCGAUGUUCGGCAGUCGAUCCGGCUCUUG